ACAGAGAGGCCUCCAUAAAAAGGGCAAUCUUUCUAUGAGUUUUGCUCAUCAAAUUAAGAGACGACACUGCUCUCUCUGUCUUUGAAAUUCAUAUUUGUGGUUUCGAGAUUAAUAUUAAUUAAUUAUUAAGGUUUUUUCAGACAAGAUGGUGCAGGAAAGAGGCAGUGCAAUUGUUCUUACAGUGGUGCUGAGUUUGGUUCUUCUCCAGUAUUGUGAGUUUUCUGAAGCUGCAAGUUACGUUGUGGGGGGUCCUGGUGGUUGGACUUUCAAUGUUAAUAGAUGGCCUAAGGGUAAAACUUUCAAGGUUGGUGAUAUUCUCGUAUUCAACUACAAUCCUUCAAUUCACAAUGUGGUUGCUGUAAACAAAGGUGGUUACCGUAAUUGCAAGACGUCAAGAGGUGCAAAGGUUUUCAAAAGUGGAAAGGAUCAAAUUAAGUUAGCCAAGGGACCGAACUACUUCAUUUGCAGUACCCAAGGACAUUGCCAAUCUGGAAUGAAAAUUGCUGUCACUGCAAAUUAACUCAUCUUUACGUAAUAUUCACUACUGUUCCCAAAUGCAUGGUCUGUCUUUUACCCGAAUGUAUCCUUAACCGCAUUAAAAAGAAAAUGUUUGGGUGUGGUUUGUUGAAUAUAAUGAGUUACGGAUUUUAAAUACCUAGUUUGGUUUGUUAUUUUUAAAAAAUUAAUAACAUUUAAUCUUUUCUGUA